UAAGAUAUUUCUUCCAGUAGGUCCAGUCUAACCCCAUCGACAAACUAUUCUCUAAAACUAACAAUUUACCCAAAUAAAAUGAAUCCUUCAAUUUUCCUUGUCUUCUUGUUCAUCUCCCUUUCAGCAGGUGGAGUUGUUAACCACACUCCUUGCGGCGGGGAAGGCACCUUCACCGAAAUCAGGGUCGACACCUGUUCCGGAGACGUUUGCGCUCUGAGUCCUGGAACUUUGUACGACGUUGAGGCAGAUUUUAUCGCGCAUCACGCCGCGUCCGGUCUGACACUGCGUGUCACAGCAAAUUCCACGAAUCCUUUGGGACAACAGGACGUAAUUUUGGACCAGGAACUCCCAAACUCUGCAGUCACUGCAGGAAAAGUGUACACAAUUAGGUUCGACGCCAAUCCGCCGGUCCAUCUUUCUGGCCAAGCUUUCGCUGUCAAGAUAGAAGUUGGGCAUGUCCACACUGAGGAGGAGGAUGCGCAUAACCAUGAAGAAUGUCAUGCAGGUCAUACACAUGACGACCAUGAGAGUCACGACCACGGUGAUGACGAUGAUGAAGAUGAUCAUGAUCAUGAGGGUCACGUCCACGGUGAGGAUGACGAACAUGACCAUUGUGCUCAUGCUACUGAUGAUUGUGCUGUGAUAGUUGUCACAAUUAACUAAAUCUAAGGGUUAAUUUUCCCAUUGGUUUUGAAAUACUUUCAAAAUAUUGCGUAUGCUUCUCUAUGUCAAUAAAUUAUUAAAUUCAUGCAUAUUUUGGUGGCAGAGUAAUAAAUACAUCAAUUCAAAUCA